AUGUCUUUCCGACUUUCUGGUGGGUCCAGGAGGAUUUGCUCCAGGGCUGGUGCUGGGCCCGGGAGACUUUCCAAUAGCGGCACGGGCCUGGGAGCUGGGAAUGGCUGUGGGAUUCCAGGCGUCGGGAAUGGCUUUUCUUGCGCUUUUGGGGGGGGGGCCAUCGGGGGAGGCUUUUGUGGCAGUGGAGUUGGGGGCUUGAGUGGAGGGGCUUGCUCUGCUUUCAUCGGGAGCGAGGGCGGGCUCCUGUCCGGGAACGAGAAGGUGAAAAUGCAGAACCUGAACGACCGCCUGGCCUCUUACUUGGACAACGUGCGGGCCCUGGAGGAGGCCAACGCCGACCUGGAGCGGAAGAUCAAGGGCUGGUAUGAGAAAUUUGGUCCCGGCUCUUGCCGGGGACUCGACCAUGACUACAGUAGGUAUUUCCCAAUCAUCGAAGAGCUUAAGAACGAGAUUAUUUCAGCGACCACCUGCAAUGCCACCAUAGUUCUCCAGAACGACAACGCCAGGCUGACGGCUGAUGACUUCAGGCUGAAGUAUGAGAAUGAGCUGGCUCUCCACCAGAGUGUCGAAGCUGACAUCAACGGACUCCGCAGAGUGUUGGAUGAGCUAACCGUCUGUAUCACAGACCUGGAGAUCCAAUGCGAGAACCUCACCGACGAGAUAACCUGUCUCAAAAAGAAGCAUGAGGAGGAAAUAAAAGUUCUCCAGUGUGCGGCAGGUGGGAAUGUGAACGUGGAAAUGAACGCGGCCCCGGGGGUCGACCUGACAGUCCUGCUGAACAACAUGAGGGCCGAGUAUGAAGAUUUAGCUGAGCAGAACCGCAGAGACGCCGAAGCCUGGUUCAACGAGAAGAGCGCAUCCCUGCAGCAGCAGAUCACCGACGAUGCCGGGGCCACCAACACCGCCAGGAACGAACUCACGGAGUUGAAACGAACCCUCCAGACCUUGGAAAUAGAGCUCCAGUCGCUCCUGGCCAUGAAACAUUCCUAUGAAUGCUCCUUGUCAGAGACGGAGGGAAACUACUUUAUCCAGCUGACCCAAAUCCAGGCUCAGAUUGCGGCCCUGGAGGACCAACUGCAACAGAUCAGAACCGAAAGCGAAGGACAGAAGCUGGAGUAUGAACAGCUCUUGGAUAUUAAGAUCUAUUUGGAAAAAGAAAUUAAAACCUACUGCUGCUUGAUAGAUGGAGAAGAUAAAGCAUGCAAAUCUUCAUGUUUCAAGUCGAAAGGAUUUGUACCUGGAGGUUCAGGAAGUCAAUCCAAAGACGCCACAGAGACCACUGUAGUGAAAACAGUAGUUGAGGAGCUAGAUCAACGUGGUAAAGUUGUUUCACUGAGAGUUCAUUCAGUUGAAGAAAAAUCCUCGAAGAUAAGCAAUAUUACCGUGGAACAGAGGGUCCCUUCCUAA